UACCUCUAUCUCUCAUUCAACGAAGCCAUUUUGUAGUCCAUCGUCCGAUCAAAAGAUGGCUCUUGCCGGAAAGAUGAUGAUGUACCUAGAGAUCAAUUCCCCUGGAGAGGUGUUGCAUGAUAUUGUUCGGAACAGACCAAACGACAUCGCAUCGAUGUUGCCUGAUAAGGUUCAUAGUUGUGAUCUGGUUGAAGGCCAAUGGGGAGCCGUUGGAUCAGUCAUUUGCUGGAACUUCACCUAUGAUGGAAAAAAGGAAAUUAUAAAGCAGGAAAUUGAAGAAGUUAAUGAGGAAAACCACAAGAUAGUGUUCAAGGUACUUGAAGCAAGACUUGUGGAAAACAUAUACAAGUCCUUCAAGAUCAUAUUUCAUGUUGAACCAAAAGGUGAUGGAAAGUUGGCUGCUGUGACCUUUGAGUUUGAGAAGGUGAAUCCAAGGAUUCCAUAUCCAACUGCUUUCAUGGAUUAUCUAUACGAUGUUUUCAAGGGUGUUGAUGACUACAACAGUAGCAAAUAGAUCUGCAAGUUUCCUCAAACAUAAGCAAGAACAAUACAGCACAAUUAUGUGCAUGUGACGUUUAGUCAGAUAUAUGUUAGAAACUACCUAUGUUUGGAAUGUCUUGCCAUACCUAUCUUUAUAUAUUAUGUAUGGAUUCUCUUUUCAUACCUAUCUUUAUAUACUAUGUGCGGAUUUUCUUGUCA